AUGAGAUAUCUGGGCCUCACAUUGGACGGCACCUGGUGCUUCAGGGAGCACUUCAAUCGUCUGGUUCCCCGGCUGAGAGCGAUCUCAGCCAACGUUGGUAGGCUUAUGCCCAGGAUCGGGGGACCAAACGGGAAGGCACGUCUCCUCAACGCGGGGAUACUAAAUUCGGUGGCCCUGUACGGGCCACCGAUUUGGGCGGAAGCCCUGGCCGUCAGUCGCCCGAUGCAAGCAAUCCUGCGCAGGGUGCACAGGGCGCUGGCGAUCAGGGUGGCCCGCUGCUACCGGAUUGUAUCCCACGUGGGAGCGACAGCUCUGGCGAGCAUGUCCCCAUCGAGCUCCUAA